GGGCUUCGCUGCCUGGAGUCGUUGCGAAAAAGAGUCGGGUUUCAUUCAUUCUACGCUCUCCAAAAUUGAACAGAGAGAAAGAGAAAGACUUCUGAGAUAUGGCUAUGGCUAUGGUCCGAUCGGGUUUAAGAACCGCCUUGCGCGGUGGCUCUCGAGCCCCUGCUCAACCUAAGCGCAACUUUUCCUCUUCUGGUCAUCACGACGAUGCUUAUGAGACUGCAAAGUGGGAAAAGAUAACAUACGUGGGCAUUGUGGGGUGCACCAUUUUUGCAAUUUACAACUUAUCAAAGGGUCACCCCCACUACGAUGAGCCUCCUGCUUACCCAUAUCUGCACAUCCGCAAUAAGGAGUUUCCCUGGGGUAUGAUUUUGUCAUCGUUGUUUAUUCAGUACUCAUUUUUUCUUUACUGUGCCUCAAUUCCCAAAUGUGGGAAGAUAUGCAGUGGUAACAUGAAGCUUCAUUUUGUUUGUUUGUUAAAUAGUGCCAUAUACGCUAGAAUAUUUCAACAAUGCACUUAUUUUUAUUUUGUCAUAUCAGGAAUUUAUGUUCAUUUUUUUUAUUUACAUUGCACGGUUGUACUCACAUCCUCUUAAUAUCUGUAUGUGGCAUCAUAUUGUUGAAUAACAAUGUAGUGUUGUUGUUUAUGGAUUAAAUUUUUGGUAACUGUUAACAGUAUCUUAGGUGAUAAACAUUAUGUGGAUUGUUUAGGAGGUCCACUCUCCAGUUGAAAGAUACUAGUGAUCAUGCCUAUAAGAGUGAUGUUAUUUAAGUUGAUUAUUUUGGUGUUAACAAGUUGUGCUCCCGGAUAAGGAACAAUCUGUAGAUUCUAAAACAUGAUUCUUGUAGAUUUAAAAUGCCAUGGUUUUUGUGUCUAGUCUGUUCAUGAAUCAUAUGGAAAAUGCUGUAGAUUCUAAAAGUCUGAAUGGCUGGCUGAAAUGAAGGAUAAUUCAGGAUAUUUUGUGGAUAUAUUAAUGCACUUUAUGGUUCAUCAUUCUACACGCAUGUACUGCAUAUACCAGUUACUUGUAUACUUGUUUUGUUAUCUAUCCAUUUAACUAAGAUAUCUUCAUAGCAAUCUCCAUAACUCCUGUUUUCGGUUUGUUAGCUUUACUAAUAUCUAUAUUUGAUUUGUUUUAUGUUGCGCAGGUCCAGAUGGCCUUUUCGAGACUAAGAAUCACCACUAGAGUAAUUUUUGGUUCAUUUAAAAGCGAUGCCAUGUGGAACUCUUUUGAUUACAUUGUUUGUCAGAUAAAUUGGUUGACUUUAUUGCAAAUUUCUUUGGAUAAUUUACUUGCUCUGUAUAAUGUAUGGUUCUGGAUUAGAGCCUGGCAAGGCAAUCCUUUUUAUUUUAUUCCUGUGAAGGAUUUAAUAAGAUGAAGUGGUGAACUCUCUAUUUUCUGAUA